AUGAAGACGCAGCCGCUACGAUACCAGAGUCUUAAAGUUGUAUUACUUUAUAUGGAAGCAAAUGUUAGGAUCAAAAUAUCCCAGAGACUGCCAACAAUAAGCUCAACAGAAAAACUCGUACCUCUUCGAAUUCGGUAUCUCACUCUCAGUAGUACCGGCACGUAUAUUAACUCUACAAAUUAUUAUGUGGGAGUCUAUCGAGACUUUCAACCUGAUCAAGUCAUUCCCAAGACCGUUCAGAAUACAAAUGACAGAGGCGGAGUCUCAUCUGAUCUGGAUCAAUAUGGCUUUCGAGCUCCAGAGAGUUAUAUUCUGGAGGCUGGUGACGUGCCUCUCAAAGAGUUGAACGAUGAGCCAUUUCGUCACGAUACCGAUGAAAUUGAAGAAAGAGAUAAAUUGAUCUUGAGAAACUAUGAGGCAGCGCUGGCACUUAAGAACAAAUCGAUGGAUACGGAAGCUAAUGUUGAAGAACUACCAGAGAAUCAGAAUCAAGGCAUUGCAAACAAUGAUUGGAUACGCCAACUAUCUAACUAUUCAGUUGAAAACCUGAACGAGGGUAUUGCGUCUCAGCGUCAUGCCCUUCUUCCAUUCCAUUAUCGACGACAUAACUUGACUCCACCGUAUACCUGUUAUAUGCAAUUGACUGUGACGUCUAAAGGAACCAAAAAGCAGAUUCAACGAUACAUUUAUACGAAGAGUAUUUAUGAAGCAGCAAGGCAACUCAAUACAAUUCUAUUCGGAGGUAGACAAUGCGUUAUUCAAGUUCGAUACUUUAAAAUGCCAUGGUGUUCAAUUUUGAGAUUGCCAGUUGGAUUCAAAAUUAGAAUGGACAGUUUUUAUGAGAUAUCAUCGCGAUAUAAUGCAAUGCUUCCAAUAAUCGACAGUUCCAGCUUUCCACUGGAUGAGGUCACUAUCUCAGUUAUAUUUGAGGCCGAUAUCGGCGUGAAUGAUUUACAUUUACCAGCAAUUAAAAGUGCAAAGGUAUUAAAAAUAGAAGAUGGUAGUGAUCAGCCCGGUUUGUUACCAUUUCUCAAUACUGUCUCGAAUCAAACUGUCAUUUUUAUAUAUUCUAUGAUCACUUUCCAAGCCGAUGACUAUUUUGCGUUUGCUCAGAGCUGGCUUAAUAACAACCGACCCGUUGGAACUUGUUAUUUGUUUGGAAUCUGGAUAGAAGCAACAGCUAGAGAACUUCUGAAAAUGAUUAGAACUCGCAUGGAAAACACAAAGAGAACGAAAAGAUGUGUAACCGUUUGCAUGGGACACUCAAACAGAUUGGAAGUUUAUUAUGUACCAGCUAAAACUCACAGUAAUCCCGAACUCCGACGUAAUGGUUAUGAAUGGGUUCUCACUAUGAGAGUUGUUCGAGUUCGAUGA